GCUGAGAGAGAGAGAGGAAGUAGUUCAAGAUUGUUGGUUUUAGUUUUGGUCCACUUUUUGCACACGUUUGAGAAGGAGAGUAAUGGUGAGCGGAGGAAACUCGAAGAAGGAGGCGGAGGCGUUUAAGUCGAUGAAAGAUUUCUUGAAGGAGACAGGAGGGUAUGCGAUUAUAGACGGAGGGCUAGCAACGGAGUUGGAGAGACAUGGUGCGGAUCUCAACGAUCCUCUCUGGAGCGCCAAAUGCUUACUCACUUCUCCUCACCUCAUUCACACCGUGCAUCUCGAUUACCUUGAAGCUGGUGCUGAUAUCAUCUCCAGCGCUUCUUACCAGGCCACGAUUCAGGGGUUUGAAGCAAAAGGCUUUUCUGUAGAGAAAAGCGAAUCCUUGCUUAGAAAAAGUGUAGAAAUUGCCUGUGAAGCUCGGAACUCGUACUAUGAAAAAUGCAAAGCCUCCAGCGAUGAUAAGAUUCUGAAGAAGCGGCCUAUACUAGUUGCAGCAUCAGUAGGUAGCUACGGUGCUUACUUGGCUGAUGGAUCUGAAUACAGUGGAAUAUAUGGUGAUUUGAUCACGCUGGAAACACUCAAGGAUUUCCACAGGAGACGAGUCCAAGUUCUGGCAGAGUCUGGUGCUGAUAUAUUAGCAUUUGAGACCAUUCCAAACAAGCUAGAGGCUCAGGCAUUUGCUGAGCUGUUAGCUGAAGGAGAGGUGAAGAUUCCAGGGUGGUUUUCGUUUAACUCCAAGGAUGGGGUGAACGUGGUUAGCGGGGAUUCCAUCAAGGAGUGUAUCUCCAUAGCUGAAACUUGUGAGAAAGUUGUGGCUGUUGGGAUCAACUGUACCCCUCCAAGAUUCAUAGAGGGCCUUGUCUUGGAGAUAGAAAAGGUGACGAGCAAGCCAAUACUAGUGUAUCCAAACAGUGGAGAAAGAUAUGAUGCUGAACGGAAGGAGUGGGUGGAGAACACAGGAGUUGGGAAUGAAGACUUUGUGUCGUACGUAGAGAAAUGGAUGGAUGCAGGAGUGUCAUUGCUGGGAGGUUGCUGCCGCACAACACCAACCACCAUCAGAGCCAUUCACAAGCGUCUUGUCACCCGCAGAUCCCUCUUCUCCUCUUCUUCUCACCAUUAGCUUUCUACCUCCAUCUCCUCUCCUACUUUUUUCAUCUACCAAACAUAUGAAUGUGUUUUGUUUUUUUCCUUCCUUUGCCACAAAAAAAACAAAGACAAGCUUUUUCAUCUUUUUAUUUUUAAUAUCAGUGCUAUCAAAAGUUUUGGGUAGACUCAGAGGAAGAUGUCCUGUCUUCGUCUUCAGACUUAUUCACACACAAACAAAACAAAAAGGGUAUAA